CCUUCCCUCUGUCGGCCGCACAUAACAGUCUCUCCUUUGCUCUCUCCUCUCCGCAGAAGAGAGAGAAAUACCCUAAUCUCUCUCUCUCUCUCUCUCUCUCUCGAGAUCUUUCUCUCUCUACCUCUUCCAUCUUCGAUUCGGCGAUUCCUCCGCCGCCGCCGCCGCCGGAUCGGUUGGUAUCGGCGCCUCGUCGGCCGAUCUUUUCGUUCCCCCUCCUCUUUCUUUUCUCUCUGUUGGGUUGGAGAUCCUCUCCAGGGCGAUAGAUCUGAGUUAUGCAGCAAGGUGAUCCGACGGUCCUGAGCUUGAGACCUGGUGGCGGUCGAGGGAGCAGCCGACUUCUCGCGCCUCGCUUCGACUCCUCCUCCUCGUCGGCUUCCUCGGCUUCGUCGGCAGCGGGUGGCGCGGCUUCCGCCUUCGCCUUCGGCUCCCUCUCUCCAUCUCCCCUCCUGCGCCCCCAUGGCGGCUCUCCCGCGAAGAGUGGAGACACAAGGUUUGAGAGUCGGGAGCGCAUUCGUUAUUCUCGAGACCAGCUUUUGCAGCUUAGGGAGGCUGUCGAGCCCCAUGAUGAGAUCUUGAAAAUAGAAAAGGAAAUUGAGGCUGAAAUUUUGGGUGAUGAUCAAAGCUGGGGCCGCGCAGAGACUAUUGCACCAACCCAACCUCAGACUCAAACUCGUUUUUCUGAGCCAGACAAUCGUGAUUGGCGUGGUCGUUCUGCCCAGCUUCCUACCUCUGGGGAGGAGAGGUCCUGGGAUAAUAUCCGAGAAAACAGAGAAAACAGAGAUUCAAGUGGCCGGUCUGACUUUAGACAGCAGGAAGGAAACCAAGUUAAUCGCAAAGAUCAACUCAACUCCCAGUUUUCAAGGGCACAGAACUCGUCACUCCAGGGGGGAGGACCUGCUCUGCUCAAGGCUGAGGUGCCAUGGUCCACCAGAAGGGGUAAUCUCUCAGAUAAAGACCGUGUUUUGAAGACUGUCAAAGGGAUACUGAACAAACUGACUCCAGAGAAGUUUGAUCUACUCAAGGGCCCUAUUGACUCUGGCAUCACAACAGCGGAUAUUCUGAAGGGGGUUAUUCAGCUGAUUUUUGAAAAAGCUGUACUGGAACCCACAUUCUGCCACAUGUAUGCUCUUCUGUGUUCUGAUCUGAACGAAAAGCUGCCUCCAUUUCCCUCUGAAGAACCCGAUGGGAAGGAAAUCACUUUCAAGCGGGUGCUCUUGAAUAUCUGCCAGGAGGCUUUUGAAGGAGCUGAUAAACUAAGAGAAGAGUUAAGGCAAAUGACAUCCCCUGAACAGGAGCUCGAACGAGACAAGGAAAGAAUGGUCAAACUUCGAACUCUCGGUAACAUUCGUUUGAUUGGAGAGCUUUUGAAGCAGAGGAUGGUACCUGAGAAGAUUGUUCACCACAUUGUGCAGGAGCUUUUGGGACCUGAUAAUAAAGUUUGUCCUGCCGAGGAGAAUGUUGAGGCUAUUUGUCAGUUCUUCGUCACUAUUGGAAAGCAGCUUGAUGAGAGCCCUAAAUCACGGCGGAUAAAUGAUUUGUACUUCAGCCGGUUGAAGGAGCCAUCCAAUACUCAACUAGCUCCAAGGUUGAGGUUCAUGGUUCAAGAUGUAAUUGACCUGCGUUCUCAUACUUGGGUUCCCAGACGAGAAGAGGUAAAAGCCAAGACUAUAACUGAAAUCCAUUCCGAGGCAGAAAAAAAUCUUGGUUUACGUCCAGGUGCUACUGCGGGCAUGAGGAAUAGCCGUGGCAUUGCUCCUGGUUCUCCUGCGAGUACGACUCCUGGAGGUUACCCAGUUACACGACCUGGUGCUGGGGGCAUGAUGCCUGGAAUGCCGGGAACUAAGAUGCCUGGAAUGCCGGGAAUGGACAACGACAAUUGGGAAUUUCCUAGGAAUCGGUCAAUGCCGAGUGAUGGAGCUGGAAUGUAACCUCCUGGGCGGCUCCAACCGCCAUCGGCUGGAAAGUCACCCUCACUGAAUGCAAGGCUGUUGCCUCAAGGCAGUGGUGGACUUAUCAGUGGGAGGACCAGCGCGUUGCUACAAGGCAGUGGUGGGCUUCGUCCUUCCAGCACAGAGGCUCCAUCUUCAGUUCCUUCUCCAGCACCAGUGAAAACUGUUCCUGUUGCACCAGUUUCACCACGUUCCUGAAAGCCAUUGGCACCUGCAGUGAAGUUGAAUAAUAAGGAUGAGCUUACCAGAAAAACGAAGUCACUGCUUGAGGAGUAUUUUAGUGUGCUGCUUUUGGAUGAAGCAUUGCAGUGUGUGGUGGAGCUGAAUGCUCCAGCUUACUACCUAUUUGUGAAGGAAGCCAUUGCGCUGGAGAAAAGCCCGCCGUGCUUUGAACCUGUUGGCAAGCUCCUGGGGUUCCUGUACCAGAAAGUUAUUUCAUCCAGCGAUGUAGGGACUGGAUGUUUGCUGUUCGCCUCUAUGUUGGAUGAUUUGGCCAUUGAUUUACCAAAAGCGCCGGUCCACUUUGGUGAAAUUGUUGGAAAACUAGUUUUGGCUGGUGGAUUGGAUUUUAAGGUGAUUAAGGAGAUCCUGAAGAAGGUGGAAGAUGACAGGUUCCAAAACGCCAUACUUGAUGCUGUAAUGAAGAUUGUGACCUCUGAUGCUUCUGGUCAAACGGUACUGAGUUCGCAGGCGUCAGAUAUCGGGAGUGCAAGGGUCUGCUCCAGUGAGCGCAUUCUAUAAUAUCGCAUGAGUAGUCCGGACCCUCUCACCCGGGUCAAAUUUGGGUCUCCAUAUGCAGAUUUGCAGGAUGCUUUUUGGCAAUUCUUUUUUGAGGCUAGCAACUUUGUACGAAGGCCAUAAGGCAGAGCUGCAGAGGGCAAAGUUAAUUUUGAGUUGUAUAUUGAGGUCAUAAAAUCCAUGUUUUAUUUAGGAGGAAGUCGAAAAGAUAAUCUUACUUUCGAUUGUGGUUGAUCCCUUCCUUGGAUUCUCAAGACGACUUAGCCCGUUUGCGGGAUUAAAGUUUGUAUUCGAUUAGUUUCGACCAUUUUAUCAUCUUCUUGUUUUUCAGGAAUUUUCAGGUCAUUGUUAUUUAGGAUUUGUCAUAAACGUGACGCCUCGAGAGUUACUGCUUAAGUUUGUUGUUAUGCCCUCUUGUUUAUUUUGUGUAUCUUGCUCUUUUGAGUGGGACCUUUCAAGUGUGUUAUCAUGCUUAAUUUGUUCAUUUAGCUGGGGCCGGCUCGACCAUUUUCUG